AUGACAGUCAAUCGAAAAAAACUAUUGUAUAGAGCUGCAGUAGAAAUGGUGUGUUUGGAUUAUCAGCCAUUUACAAUUGUGGACGAUGUUGGGUUCAGGAAGCUAGUAUAUAAAUUAGAUCCACGCUAUGUAUUGCCUAGUGCUUUUACUGUAGGUGGAAAAUUAUUAAGUGAAUUUUAUACAGAUAUAUCUAACAAACUGCAAGAUAUUUUAAGAAAUAUCGAUUUUGUUGCCAUAACCUGUGAUGGGUGGACAUCAAGAGCUAUGGAAUCAUAUGUAACGGUUACAUGUCACUAUGUUGAUGAACAUUUUAAACUAAAUGUUGUUGUGCUUUCUACAAAAGCCCUAACUAAUGGCAUUCACCACACGGCAGAAAAUAUUGCCGAAACAUUGUUAGAAAUUUUUAAUGAGUGGAAUAUGGAACAAAAAGUGAGCUGUAUAGUAACAUACAAUGCUCCAAACUAUAUAAAGGCAUGUAAAAUGUUAAAAGAACGCCAUAUUCCAUGUUACGCACAUACAUUGAAUUUGGUCGUUCAAGAUAAUCUGAAGUAUGUACAAGAUUUUAUAACAAAGUGCAAAGACAUUGUAACAUUUUUUAAGAGCAGUAAUAUUGCUACAAAAUUGUUCAAAAACGAACAGGAACAGGAUCGAGCUGAGCCAUAUCAAUUACUGCAGGAAGUUUCAACUCGUUGGAAUAGUACCUAUUAUAUGGUUCAAAGAAUUCUGAUCACAAACGAUGCUAUAGGUAGGACCAUUUUAAAAUUACGCAAACUUCCUCAGCCUCUCUCUGUUGAUGACAUCAUUUUUUUGACAGAUGUCCAAAAAGUUUUGUAA